GCCCUGCUACCGAUGGGGGGCGGGCUCAGGGCGCUUUGCAAACCGCGCUCCCCCAGCCGGGGCGGGGGGCACUGGCAGCCCGGGGCUCAGGGCGCGCCUCCCUGUCACUGUGAGGCCGCUCCCUCGGCAGGCGGCGGGGCCUGGCUGUGAGAGCGGGUCUGCCCCGGCCUACUGCCGACUCCCCGCCGCGGGGAAGCCGUCAGGGCCUGUCGCUGGCGGAGCGGGCCUAGCCGGUAGGGCGGGUCUCAGGCCCCGGCAGGCGUGAGUCCAGUAGCAGAGCGUUUCUCCUCCCCCUGUCUUUCCGCCCCCCAGCGGGUCAGCGGAGCCAGGCUGCGGCCCUGCCCCUGUCCGGUCUCCCCGGCAGCGAGCCGCUCCUGCCGGCUCAGAGAAAGCGCCGCAAGGAGCAGCGUUAGCUCUGCCCGCGGGAGCGCGUCUCCUGCCCACCCAGCGCUGUCGGCACCGGCCCGUCUGUCGCUCAGGGGGCUGGUCUCUGCACACCCCGGACUGACAAACGUUUGACCGACAAAAAGAGCGAGGGGAGACCAAGGCAAAAGGAAAAGUCGGUCUAAGCUACGCAAUAUGAGUUAUGUGAAGAGUGUAUCGACCUCGCUUAGAUCUACUGAUUGCAGGGUCCACACUCCCGGGUGGAUGGGAGAUGCUCUCCUGUCCACUCUUCUGGGUCCGGUGGAGUGGACCGGAGAGCAAUCAGCAGCUGACUUAGCAGAUCUUCACUCGCCCCACUAAAUCGACCUCCCAUGCAUCGAUGGCCUCCAGUCAAUUUGCUCAAAUAAAGUAGUGCCAAAGGAAAAAGGAUGCACACAGAAAAUGUGACCAAGGAAACAGUCCUUAUUACAGGAGGAGGUGGUUACUUUGGUUUCCGUUUAGGUUGUGCCCUAUACGAAAAGGGAGUUGACGUGAUUCUCUUUGAUGUCCUGAAGCCAAUCCAAGCUGUGCCAGAGGGAGUGAAGUUCAUACAGGGGGAUGUCUGCUGUCUCUCUGAAGUGGAAAAAGCUCUCAGAGAUGUAAUCUGUGUAUUCCAUAUUGCUUCCUAUGGAAUGUCUGGCAGGGAGCAGCUGAACCGAAAACUUAUAGAAGACGUUAAUGUGAGAGGAACAGAAAAUAUCAUCCAGGCUUGCAGGAAAACAGGAGUGUCAAGUCUGGUUUAUACAAGUACAUACAAUGUAGUCUUUGGGGGCCAAGUUAUAGAAAACGGGGAUGAAUCUCUGCCUUAUCUACCACUUCACCUUCAUCCUGAUCACUACUCCCGGACCAAGUCUUUAGCUGAGAUGAAAGUGCUGCAGGCAAAUGACACUGAGCUUGAAGAAGGAAAAGGUGUGUUAAGGACCUGUGCUCUCCGACCAGCAGGCAUCUAUGGGCCUGGAGAGCAAAGGCAUCUUCCAAGAAUAGUUAGCUACAUUGAAAGGGGAUUGUUUAAAUUUGUAUAUGGAGACCCUCUGAGUUUAGUGGAAUUUGUCCAUGUAGAUAACCUAGUUCAGGCUCAUAUCCUUGCUUCAGAGGCACUCAAAGCCACUAAACAGCACAUAGCUGCAGGCCAAGCUUACUUCAUUUCAGAUGGCAAGCCAAUAAACAACUUUGAAUUUUUCCGACCUUUAGUUGAAGGCUUGGGUUACCAAUUCCCAACUGUUCGUCUUUCUCUCUCCGUUGUAUAUUUUUCUGCAUUCCUAACUGAAACGGUCCAUUUUCUUGUAGGACGAAUUUAUAAUUUUCAGCCUCUCCUCACUCGCACUGAGGUUUACAAAACUGGCAUCACACAUUAUUUCAGCAUGGAAAAGGCCAGGAAAGAACUAGGGUACAAACCUGAGCAGUUUAGUCUGACCGAAGUAGUUGAGUGGUUUAAAUCCCAGGGACAUGGAAGAAAACUCAGACUCUAUACUAUAAAACAUCUGAUUAGGGAUGGAGGGUUGAUCUUGCUGUUGGCCACAGUGGUGCUCUCAUGGCUUCCAGCAGCAGUAACACUCUCUGUUUGAUAGAUGUUGAACAUUGAGCUUGGGCUCUUUUUAUAGGGUGAUAAAAUAUGCAAAGUACUUGAAACUUAAAAUAAAAUUAGAUCUCACUGUUCUCUGAAAAAGUGCAUACAUUCAGUGAUGAAAAUAACUUCGCCAGUUUCAAAAGUUUUGGCGUUCCAGAACAAUGUAAUAAUACAUACCAGAAUAUUUUAGCAUUGGUAGUCAAUAUGUUUGUUUUAUGUCUGCUGAAGGGACUAUUCUGUUUCAAUGGAUUAACAGUAUUGCUAUGUUUUUUUAAACAAAAUUAUGUGUCUAUAUUUAUAAUAUAAUCCACUGUACAUUAAAGUGCGGCCAUACAUUGAAAUAAUGGCAUUGCAGGUU